AUGAGGACUUAUCACCAAUGGCUCGAAAGUGAAAUGGAUCCAAAGGCAAACGCUACUCCUGUAGAAAGCAUGGCCUUGACUGUUCAACUGCUUAUAGCAGAAGGUAUUCGACAGCUUCAGCUGUGGAUAACAGUAUCUAUGCUGGUCCAUAUAGGAAACGGAGAUUCUUACUGUGCCGACAAUCUGAUAACCGGACCCUUGGGGGUCAAUGACUCCUCUCUGACAGCCUCCUCUUAUUAUGACGACGGAUUUUGUUAUCCUAGACUUGUGAGGAUUAGCCAGAACAUUAUACCUUGCUGGUGCCCAGGCGUACCUGAUAAUUCAGAAUAUCUGCAGGUCGAAUUCCAGCAUAUCUCUGCUGUGACAGCUCUCAUCAUUCAAGGAAGGGGUGAAGAGUCUCAAUUCAUGAAGUCCCUAACAAUGAAAACAAGUCUUGACGGAUCAAACUGGGAAACUGUCACUGAUGAUACAGGGAACAUAAAGGUUUAUGAAGCAAACAACAACAAUGCAAACCUUGUGAAUCGAGCUGUGAAUGAGAAGAUCCUGACCAAAUUCAUUCGCAUCCAUCCAGAAACUUGGAAUAUUUGGCCAGCGUUCAGUUUGGAGAUUCUUGGGUGUCCAAAAU